CGCUGCAGCCUGUCCAGACCUUUCCUCUCUUUCCGCUUUUUCCUGCUAAGGGCGAGCUUCCGUUAAUACUUGUUGUCCUUCCUGGUCCUGGGAGCCCCGGGAGCCGGGGAGGGAAGAGUUGCCUGCAGGGAUUGGGGCAAAUACCCACGGCGGGAAGGCGGGACUUCCGCAUCCUGACGGAAGUGACGCGACAGUCGCGGCCGCCGACAGGUGGAAAGGCAGGUGGGUUCAGGUGCCAGCCUGGCCAGGACCUGGCUGUGGGACCGACGCUUCCGGUGAGCGACGGAGGCAGCUCCCAAGGGCCUGGGACCCGUGGGGCGGGCUCUGGGAUCUGAGCCUUCCGCCCUGGCCUGGAGUCCCCCCCUGUACCUCUUCCCCAUUCCCUUGCCGAGCUGGGCAGUUAGCCAGCCCACCUCAACUCUCGGAACCAUGUUUGCAGACUUGGAUUAUGAUAUCGAAGAGGAUAAACUCGGAAUCCCUACUGUGCCUGGGAAGGUGACCCUGCAGAAGGAUGCUCAGAACCUGAUCGGGAUCAGCAUUGGAGGAGGGGCCCAGUACUGUCCCUGCCUCUACAUCGUCCAGGUGUUUGACAACACCCCCGCGGCCCUGGAUGGCACCGUGGCAGCUGGCGAUGAGAUCACCGGUGUCAACGGCAGGUCAAUCAAAGGAAAAACUAAGGUGGAGGUGGCAAAGAUGAUUCAGGAGGUGAAGGGGGAGGUGACUAUCCACUACAACAAGCUGCAGGCGGACCCCAAACAGGGCAUGUCCCUGGACAUUGUGUUAAAGAAGGUAAAGCAUCGGCUGGUGGAGAACAUGAGUUCAGGGACCGCAGAUGCCCUGGGCCUGAGCCGGGCCAUCCUGUGCAAUGAUGGGCUUGUCAAGAGGCUUGAGGAGCUGGAGCGCACGGCCGAGCUGUACAGAGGGAUGACAGAACACACCAAGAACCUCCUACGGGCCUUUUAUGAGCUGUCGCAGACGCACCGGGCCUUUGGGGACGUGUUCUCCGUGAUUGGGGUGCGGGAGCCCCAGCCAGCUGCGAGCGAGGCUUUCGUGAAGUUUGCUGACGCCCACCGCAGCAUUGAGAAGUUUGGCAUCCGGCUGCUGAAAACCAUCAAGCCGAUGCUGACGGACCUGAACACGUACCUCAACAAGGCCAUCCCAGACACUCGCCUCACCAUCAAGAAGUACCUGGACGUGAAGUUUGAGUACCUGUCAUACUGCCUGAAGGUGAAGGAGAUGGACGACGAGGAAUACAGCUGCAUUGCCCUAGGGGAGCCCCUGUACCGCGUGAGCACAGGCAACUACGAGUACCGCCUGAUCCUGCGCUGCCGCCAGGAGGCCCGCGCCCGCUUCUCCCAGAUGCGCAAGGACGUGCUGGAGAAAAUGGAGCUGCUGGACCAGAAGCACGUCCAGGACAUCGUGUUCCAGCUGCAGCGCUUCGUGUCCACCAUGUCCAAGUACUACAACGACUGCUACGCCGUGCUGCGUGACGCCGACGUCUUCCCCAUCGAGGUGGACCUGGCCCACACCACGCUGGCCUACGGCCUCAGCCAGGACGGGUUCACCGACGGGGAGGACGAGGAGGACGAAGACGAGGAGGACACAGCAGCUGGGGAGCCGUCCAGGGAUGCACAAGGGGCUGCCGGGCCCCUGGACAGGGGCGGAAGCUGGUGUGACUCCUGAGUGCCCCGAGGGGCGCGGAUCUGGGGGCUGGGGGAGCGGGAGGACGGCAGCCGGGGAGCGGGGCGGGGCCGCCGCACACAGGGUGGCGCAUAAAGGCCUGCUGGCUUGGGGCGCCUGCCUCCCUGCUCCUCUGUCCUAGCACAACGCACCUGGGCUCCUGCCCAGGAAGGGCACUGCGGCCAUGGCCUGGGACCUGGACACUGGCCCCUCCGCCUUCCUUCCCCACCUCCCCAGCCAGAUGGAGAGCCUGGUCUUGGGAUCCGCCUUAGGAAGGAGAGAGGGCGGAAAGGAGAAUGGGUUGGAGGUGGCAGGAAGUCCCGGACCUGUUCCUCGUGGGUGCCUCCCCCAGCCUGGAGCCUGCCAGGAGUGGGGGCCCAGGGCAGCCAGCUGAGGUCGGGGCCGUGUCUCGUGUACCCCCUCACCUGCCCCAGGCUGGCCCCGCCCCAGGCCACACUCACACCUCGGUGGCCUUUAUUUAUUUUAUUCCCCUAGCACAGCCCCCUCCCAGGGAAGGGCUGGGCGCUGGGCCUGUAUUGAAUAAACACAAACCCAGACGGAGCCGG